UGCACACGUGACGUUUCUCAAACACAAAACCAGGAAACGUUUCAAAUUGGAAACAGAAAGUAAAGUGUUUUUCUUUGCAGUUGUGCAGUCGGUGAAAUGGCAGAAGCCAGUAUUUCAGUGUUUCAGGAUCAGUUCAGCUGUUCAAUCUGUCUGGAUCUACUGAAGGAUCCAGUGACUAUUAACUGUGGACACAGUUUUUGUAUGAGCUGUAUUACAGCCUGCUGGAAUCAGGAGGAUCAGAAGAGAGUUUAUAGCUGCCCUCAGUGCAGACAGACCUUCACUCCAAGACCUGCUUUAGCAAAGAAUGUGAUUCUUGCUGAGAUGGUGGAGAAACUGAAGAAAACUAAACUUCAGACUGAUCGAGCUGCUCCCAGUUAUGCUGGACCUGAAGAUGUGGAGUGUGACGUCUGUACUGGGAGAAAACACAAAGCUGUCAAGUCAUGUCUGGUGUGUCUGAACUCUUACUGUCAAACUCACUUUGAACGACAUGAGGAACUUCAAUCAGGAAAGAGACACAAAGUAACUGAAGCCACUGGAAGACUUCAGGAGAUGAUCUGCUCUCAACAUGACAGACUGCUGGAGGUUUUCUGUCGUACUGAUCAGAAAUGUAUUUGUUAUCUGUGUACGAUGGAUGAGCAUAAAAAUCACGACACAGUAUCAGCUGCAGCAGAGAGAACAGAGAAACAGAAACUAUUGGAGGACAACCAGAGAAAACACCAGCAGAGAAUCCAGGAGAAAGAGAAGAAGCUUCAGGAUCUCAGAGAGGCUGUGAAGACACACAAGUGCUCUGCACAGACAGCAGUGGAGGACACUGAGAGGAUCUUUACUGAACUGAUCCGCUCCAUUGAAAGAAGACGCUCUGAGGUGAUACAGCUGAUCAGAGAUCAGGAAAAGACUGCAGUGAGUCGAGCUGAAGGACUCUUGAAGGAACUGGAGCAGGAGAUUGAUGAUCUGAGGAGGAGACAUGAUGAGAUGGAGCAGCUCUCACACACAGAACAUCACAUCAGUUUCCUUCAGAGUUUUCAGUCUCUCUCUGCAUCUCCUGGAUCUACAGACAACAUCACUGUCAGUUCUCUUCUCUUGUUUGAUGAUGUGGGGAAAUCUGUCACUCAACUGAAAGAAAAGGUGGAGGAUGUCUGUAAAGAAGAGAUUGAAAAGAUGUAUUGCAAAGUUACAUACAUUGAAAUUAUUCCCACCAAUGAACCCAAGACAAGAGUGGAGUUCCAACAAGAUUCCCAUCAGUUCUCUCUGGAUCCAAACACUGUUAAUGAAAACAUCUGUCUGUCUGAAGGGAACAGUGUGGCUACUUACACUGACACAGUGCAGCCGUAUCCUGAUCAUCCAGACAGAUUUGAUGAUAGACCUCAAGUGUUGUGUAGAGAGAGUGUGUGUGGACGCUGUUACUGGGAGGUCGAGUGGAGUGGUUGGGUGUAUAUAUCAGUGUCAUAUAAGAGCAUCAGCAGGAAUGGAAAUACAGUGAAGUCUGCAUUUGGAUAUAAUGAUCAGUCCUGGUGUUUGGAGUGUUCUCCCACCAAAUGUUCAUUCUGGCACAAUAACACAGAGACUGAACUCCCAGUAGUGUCCAGUUCUUGUAGAAUAGGAGUGUAUGUGGAUCACAGUGCAGGAAUUCUGUCCUUCUACAGCGUCUCUGACACAAUGACCCUCAUCCACAGAGUCCACACCACAUUCACUCAACCUCUCUAUCCUGGGUUUGGGUUAGGUACAAGCUCUACAGUAAAACUGUGCCAUCCAACAAUAUAAAAGGUACACAUAAAUUGGUUUAGAUAUACAAGUAUCAUUAUAGCUUGACAAAUUCAGAAAGUAAGUAAAUAAAUCAAUUAAAAUCCAUAUGUUAUUCUAUUCUUUACACACAUCCUUUGACUAGAUCUUAAGUUAGUGAUUCUUUUAUCAUUUUGCCAAACGUGUCUUUGGAUUUCUGUCUGUUUUGUAUUGAAGUAAAUGCAUUUGGGGAAUAUUCAUAUCAGUCACAUUUACGGGCAGCUGAGGUUCAGGCCAUCAUGCUGGGAUUUAAGAUCUCAGUGACUUCACUGUCUUAUUCCAAGUACUUUUCCAAAGCAACGUUUUCUUUCAUUUUUCUAUUUCAAUUACACCAUUUAGUUAUAUCUAAUCUUCUGUAACAUUAUAAAGCAGUAAUGUUAAUAAACCCUUUUCUUUUUCAAAUCAGAUGUAGUAUAAUGAGGUAGUCUCGGGGUAGAGGUAGAAAAUGUCCUUUAUAGUGUAUUGACUUGCAAAAAAGCCUGAUGCGAGACCCCUGAUGAGUGGAUGACAGGGGUCGCUCUGUGAUGAGUGAUAUACCCAGUGUGCUCACAUGCCAUUUUAACAUUCAGAAAUUCUGUGUAUUCUAAAUAAACAUUUUUUCUUAUGACAAGCUUCUCUGAGAGAAGAUAACUCUUACAAAUACAAAUAUUUUCUUCUUGGAGUAGCGUAGGUCUUUUAACAAGUAAAGUGUGUUAUAAAAUGGGAUGCAUGUGUAACAAAGUCCACUGUAGGAAAGUUUAAGGUUGAACCCAUGUGCAGUUUCAUUACAAAAAGCCAAAAGAGAGCAGAUACAUAAUAAACUUGCCGUUGCGUACCCAUACGGAAAUGUAAUAUAUGUGCACAUAUUGAAUAUCCAUAUAUGAAAUACGCUUUAUGCCCAAUCCAUAUAUAAAACCUAUUAGAAAAUGGAACAAUUUCAUAUAUUGAUAUAUAUGUCC